CCGGACUGCGAGGGAAGGAGAGAAAGAAAGGGGAAGGAGGAAAAGAAAAGGGAGAAAGAGACAGACAGACAGACAGAGGCCCAGAGAGAGAGAGAUUCGUUGUCAUCCCUGUACACACCCCUUCCCUGCUCUCCCAGUUGCUAACAGACAUACUACCCGCAUAGCUUUCGUCUCUACUUAUCAUCAUCACUCACUUCUCUUUCGCCCCCUCGUCUUUCCCUGGCUCAUUCUUUUUUACCCCGUUCCUUUCCCCCACCACCCCUCUCUCCAUCGGAUACAUUCUUCCAUUCUUCUUUGGUCCCUGCUUUCUCCAUCUCUCUCUUUCUCUGCUCUCCCCCCUCCCACACUUCCCCUUUGCUUCUUUGCUGCCCCUCAAACCCUCCUCCCUGGUUCCUCCCCUCCUCCUCCAACCCUUCCCAGCCUCCCUAUCCCUUCUCUUCCCUCAAUUCUCCUCCCUUCCCUUUCAAUCCCCUCCCCUCCCUUCUCCUCCCCUUCUUUGGGAGGCAUCACUCCAUCCUGGCCCGGGGAAGGACGCAAGGCAUCUCCAACCUAGCUCCGGGGCCCUCCGGUUCACGCUUCUCCAGCUCCUCGCCCUCAGUCCAUCCAUCCAUCCAUCCAUCCCUUUCUUAUCCUAGUGCCCGGAACCCCGGCGGAGUCAGUCCCCGGAAUGUGGCUCCCCUGGCUGGCUCCUGCUCCCUGGCGUCACCUGCUGCUGCGUUGUGCCCUGUUUCUCGGAAGUGUGGCGUUUAGCCCCUCAGGAUCCUGGAUCAACCCCGCGGGGGCAGCCACAGUCGCCACCCCCUCUGGUCCCACCACCGCCCCAACUGAGCCCAAUGUUUUCCUGAUCUUCACUCAUGGGCUACAAGGCUGUCUGGAGGCUCAGGAAGGGCAGGUUAAGGUCACACCAGCCUGCAACACCAGCCUACCUGCACAGCAAUGGAAGUGGGUCUCCCGCAAUCGGCUCUUCAACUUGGGCACCAUGCAGUGCCUGGGCACAGCCUGGCCUGGUGCUAAUACAACAUCAGCCCCAUCCCUGGGCACCUACGAGUGUGACCGAGAAGCCCUAAUCCUGCGCUGGCACUGCCGGACUCUGGGGGACCAACUAUCUUUGUACCUGGGGGGCCAGACUGGGAACAACUCAAAGACUGCCGUUUCUGAUCGUGGAGACCAGACAAGGGGCAACCAGUGGCGCAUCUAUGGAAGUGAUGAGGAUCUGUGCUCUGUACCCUACUAUGAAAUCUACACAAUUCAAGGAAACUCUCAUGGGAAGCCCUGUACCAUCCCCUUCAAAUAUGACAAUCAGUGGUUCCAUGGGUGUACCAGUACCGGCAGAGAAGACGGGCACCUCUGGUGUGCCACCACCCAGGAUUACGGCAAGGAUGAGCGAUGGGGCUUUUGCCCCAUUAAGAGUAACGACUGUGAGACUUUUUGGGAUAAGGACCAGCUAACAAACAGCUGCUACCAGUUUAACUUCCAGUCUACACUGUCUUGGAGGGAAGCCUGGGCCAGUUGUGAGCAGCAGGGAGCUGACCUGUUGAGCAUCACUGAGAUCCAUGAGCAAACGUACAUCAAUGGACUGCUCACUGGCUAUAGCUCUACCCUCUGGAUUGGACUCAAUGACCUGGACACCAAUGGCGGCUGGCAGUGGUCUGACAAUUCUCCCCUCAAAUAUCUUAACUGGGAGAGCGAUCAGCCAGACAAUCCCAGUGAGGAGAACUGUGGAGUGAUCCGGACAGAGUCAUCUGGUGGCUGGCAGAACCGGGACUGUAGCAUUGCCCUGCCGUAUGUGUGUAAGAAGAAGCCCAAUGCUACAGCUGAGGCCUCCCUGGAGCCAGACUCCUGGGCUGAUAUGAAGGUUGAGUGUGAGCCGAGUUGGCGGCCCUUCCAAUCCCAUUGCUAUCGCUUGUUACAAGAGAAACGGAGCUGGCAUGAGUCCAAGAAGGCAUGUCUGAGGGGAGGUGGGGACCUGCUCAGCAUCCAUAGUCUGGCAGAACUUGAGUUUAUCACCAAGCAGAUAAAACAAGAGGUGGAAGAGCUAUGGAUCGGACUGAAUGACCUGAAGCUACAGAUGAACUUUGAAUGGUCAGAUGGAAGUCUCGUACAGUUCACCCACUGGCACCCCUUUGAGCCCAACAACUUCCGAGACAGCUUAGAGGACUGUGUCACCAUCUGGGGACCGGAUGGACGCUGGAAUGAUAGUCCUUGCAACCAGUCAUUGCCCUCCAUUUGCAAGAAGGCAGGCCAAGUUAGCUUGGGUACACCAGAAGAAGAUCAUGGAUGCCGAAAGGGCUGGACCUGGCAUAGCCCAUCCUGCUAUUGGCUAGGAGAAGAUUAUGUGACGUACAGUGAAGCCCGCCGGAUGUGCAUGGACCAAGGUGCCACCUUGGUCACCAUCACCAACAGGUUUGAACAAGCCUAUGUCAGUAGCCUCAUUUAUAGCUGGGAUGGCAAAUACUUCUGGACAGCCCUUCAAGACAUCAAUGGGACAGGCUCCUUCCACUGGCUCAGUGGAGAUGAGGUCGUGUAUACCCACUGGAACCGGGACCAGCCAGGCUAUAGCCGAGGGGGCUGUGUGGCGUUGGCCACUGGCAGUGCCAUGGGUCUGUGGGAGGUGAAGAAUUGCACCACAUUCCGGGCUCGGUACAUCUGUCGCCAGAACCUGGGGACCCCAGUGACACCCGAGCUGCCUGGCCCUGACCCCACACCGAGCCUCACUGGCUCUUGCCCCCAGGGCUGGGCCUCUGACCUCAAGCUCCGGUACUGUUAUAAGGUAUUCAGCUCAGACCGACUACAGGACAAGAAGAGUUGGCCCUUGGCCCAGAGUGCGUGCCAGGAGAUGGGUGCCCAGCUGCUCAGCCUGGCCAGCUAUGAAGAAGAGCACUUUGUGUCCAGCAUGCUCAACAAAAUCUUUGGUGAGUCCGAGCCUGAGAUCCAGGAGCAGCACUGGUUUUGGAUUGGUCUGAACCGACGAGACCCCCGAGCGGAGAGAAGCUGGCGCUGGAGCGAUGGCCUAGGGUACUCCUAUCAUAAUUUUGACCGCAGUCGCCAUGAUGAUGAUGACAUCCGGAGCUGUGUGGUGCUCGACCUGGCUUCCCUGCAGUGGGUGGCCAUGCAGUGUGAGACACAGCUAGACUGGAUCUGCAAACUUCCCAAAGGAGUUGAUGUAAAGGAGCCUGAUGUUAGCCCACAAGGUCGGAAAGAGUGGAUUCGCUUCCAGGAGGCUGAGUACAAGUUCUUUGAGCAUCAUUCCACGUGGGGGCAGGCCCAGCGUAUUUGCACAUGGUUCCAAUCUGAGUUAGUGUCGGUACAUAGCCAAGCAGAGUUGGACUUCCUGGGACACAACCUUCAGAAGUUCUCCCGAGGGCAGGAACAGCACUGGUGGAUUGGUCUACACACUUCUGAGAAUGAUGGGCGAUUCAGAUGGACAGAUAAAUCCAUCAUAAACUUCAUUUCCUGGGCACCUGGAAAACCACGGCCCAUUGGCAAGGACAAGAAAUGUGUCUAUAUAACAGCCAGUCGAGAGGACUGGGGGGACCAGAGGUGUCUGACGGCCUUGCCAUACAUCUGUAAACGCAGCAAUAGCACCAGUGUGAAGCCUCCCCAGGACCCGAGUCUCUUUAUCCCCCAUGGUGGCUGUCCCACUGGCUGGAGCCAGUUCAUCAAUACGUGCUUCCGAAUCCAAGGCCAGGACCCAGCAGAACGAGUGAAGUGGUCAGAGGCCCAGAGGAUGUGUGAGCAACAGGGAGCCCAGCUGGCCACUAUUUCUAACCCCCUGGAACAAGCCUUCAUCACAGCUAGCCUACCCAAUGUGACCUUCGAUCUCUGGAUCGGCCUCCAUGCCACCCAGAAGGAGUUCCAGUGGGUGGGGCAAGAAGCUAUGCUCUAUGGGAACUGGGCACCUGGGGAGCCCUCAGGGCACAGCGAUUCUUCUAGUGGUGAAAAACCGACCAGCUGUGUUGUAAUUGGGCACAGCUCCUCUUCCCACUUCACUGGCCGAUGGGAUGACAGGAAUUGCCUAGAGGAGACACAUGGUUUCAUCUGCCAGAAGGGCACAGAUCCUGCACUGAACCCCUCUCCCGAUGCCCUACCUCCUGCUCCGGGCUCCGAGCUCUCCUACCACAACAGUGUCUUCCGGCUACUGCAGAAGCCUCUUCGCUGGCAUGAUGCCCUCCUGCUCUGCGAGAGCCUAAACACCAGCCUAGCUGAAGUGGACAGCCCUUACACCCAGGCCUUCUUGACCCAGGCCACCCGCAACCUGCACACCCCACUCUGGAUUGGGCUGUUGGAUGAGGAGGGCUCCCGCCGUUACUCAUGGGUGCUGGAUGAACUUGGCUAUACAAACUGGAAGGAUGGAGAGCCCCAGCAGCCAGGCGGUUGUGGCUACCUGGAUGUAGAUGGGACUUGGCGAACGACCAGCUGUGAAACCAAACUUCAGGGGGCCGUGUGUGGAGUCCGGCAAGAAUCCCAACUCCCUCGGAAGGUGAGCUACUGUCCCCAUGCCCUGGCAGACUCUGCCUGGAUCCCCUUUCGGGAACACUGCUAUUCUUUCCACAUGGAGCUGACGCUGGGGCACAAGGAGGCGCUGCAGCGCUGUCAGAAAGCGGGUGGGGCCAUCCUGUCUAUUAUGGAUGAGAUGGAAAAUGUUUUUGUCUGGGAGCACAUGCAGAGUACGGAAGGGCAGAGUGGAGGAGCCUGGCUAGGCAUGAACUUCAAUCCCAAAGGGGGCACCUUGGUCUGGCAUGACAACACAGCAGUCAACUACUCAAACUGGGGUCCCCCAGGCUUGGGACCCAGUAUGCUAAGUCACAACAGCUGCUACUGGAUUCAGAGCAGCAGCGGACUUUGGCGUCCUGGUGGAUGUACCAACAUCACCAUGGGUGUUGUCUGCAAGCUCUCCCAGGUUAAAGAAGGCGGCUUCUCCAGCUCAGCGCUUCAGAACCCAACAGCAUUGGUGGUGGUGGUGCUGGCGACCUUGGCGCUCCUGGGCCUCUUGGCCGUGGCUGCACUCCUGUACAGGCGAAGGCGCAAUCCUGAGCGAGGGGCAUUUGAGAGUGCCCGCUAUAGCCGCAGCUCCUCUGGCCCUGGGGAGGUGGCCGAGAAGAAUAUCUUGGUAUCUGACAUGGAGAUGAAUGAGCAGCAGGACUAGAGUUUGGGGGCCGUGUCGGGGUGGGGCUGGGCGGGGGGCUGGGCAGUACCAGGGAAGGAUGGCUAGUGGGAGGUUGCCCGGCCUGUCUCGCUGUCUAAUGGGAGAGCUAAGCAGGGAGUCCUGGAACCUGGGAUGGGCUCUGGGCAAGCACAGGGAGGAUGGGAGAGCUGGGCUGAGGGCAGCCGUUGAUUCUACUGGACAUAGCAUCACGGGGUUUCUCUUCUCAGGGUGGUGUGGCAACCCUGAGGGAAGCAAGAAUAGAAGGCGGGGCAGAUUGCCCAGAGACAGUUGUUUUGCCUGUCCUUUGGGUCUGGUUCUUUCCUUUAGUCUCAGCCCUGCCUCCCCUGCUUACCCACUGUCACCUCUUUGGUCUACAAUGUCUUUGGCACCUUCUUCCUGGUUCCUCAGGCAGCUCUUAGUGACUUCUACCCCUACAGUCUCCCUGAUCCUUCCCAUUCUCCUUCCCUACCCCAAACCCACCAUCAGGGGAGAGGGAGACCUUGGUCUCCAGUUGCUGCUGGAUUUUCUGUAGGUUCGAGCCCCAGGAAUGAUGGGCCCCCUCCUCUUGCCCUCACUUGUUUGGAGAAUCCUGGGGAAAGGAAGUGGCCAGAGGCUAGGAAGAAUGCCUGCUGGCCAGAGGGGCACAAAUCCUUGGAACACAGGCCUCUGGAGAACCCGGGGUUAGAAUGAAGGAUGGGGUAGCAAUGGAUUGAGCUGGCUGGGCAUGAGGAUCAGCCCCUAUGACCAAGCAGCAGUCCAAGGCAGUAAUUUCCAUCUACUGGGAGGGGCUUAGAGAUAAGGAAGGGGAUUGCUGAGAGACUGACUGAAGGGGCUGCUGCACUGGGCACCUUGAUCAGCCAUGAAUUGGCCUUGGAGCUGGGAUGAACUGAGCUGGAGGCGGCUCCUGCAGGUCGGGGGAGGUCCUCACUCUAGGAACCAGUCCCCCAUGGGGACUGAAGUAAGUUCUUUAUCUUCUCUAGCCCUGGUUCUCAUGGCAGGUUUGGGGGUGGGGGUGAGGGCAACACUUCUGCUACUCCUAGGGGAGGGACUGGACGGGUUCAUCAGAGAGGGGAGAGCUGGGUUUCUGUGGGGUCAAAGGUUCCAGGAUGGGAGCCUUGGCUCCAUGGUGCCUGACAUAGGCUGUCCAGUGGAGCAGAGAGAAAUGGUUCCAGAACUUCAGAAGAGAAGCUGGGGCCAACUCAGCUCAGCUCAGGAGAUUCCAUCCAACUAUCUUUCAAAGUAUCAAUUGCAAGUGACAAGAAUCCCAGGAAGGCUCAAGCUGGGCCUGGUUACUACAGGCACAGGACAAUGUGAACACGGACUCAAGGACACGGUCACUUUUUUGGUAGUUUAAAAUUUUUUUUUAAAAAGACAUUUCAUUGUUUCUUAAAAAAAAUAAAAGACCUUCAAGAGACUUGAAAAAUGAA